AGAGCUGGAACAUUGCAGAAUAUGGGAUCAACACAGGGAAACGAAAAUUUCAACCAGAUUGUGGCAAGCAAAGCCCCAAAGUCACGGUUUUAUGGUGGAUCAUCAUCAUUAAGCAAUAGGUUAUCUGCCUCAGUAUUACAGAAGAAUGAAGGCUAUACAUGGCUGUCAAAGGUAAAUGAGGCUUCUUUAUUGUCUCCAGGACAACAUACACUGAGAAUUGGUAAAAGAAUGGACAAGAAAUUGAAAAGAGAAAGAGAAAGGCAAAAUACCAAAGAAUUUAAAAGAAGGCGUAUUCAAUUGAAAAAACAAAAGAAGAAAUCUGAGUUUAGGUCAAAGGUAAAAGAAGGCACAACUUAUGAAAACAAUGCAGAAGUUAAUGAACCUAUGCCAGAUAUCCAGGAAAUACCCUCACCAUUAACCAUAAAUGAGUCUGACAACUUUGUAUUUUUUGAUUUGGAAACUAAUGUUUUUGUAUAA